AGGAGCCCUGGAGAGCAUAGAGUGCAAUGAUCUUUCUCAGUACCACGGUCGUUCCAUGACAGCAAUACGUAUAGGAAAGGCUGUUUACAUGGCGUUGCAUGCAUUCAUAGAAGCAGAGUUACAUCCUGCAACCUUCUGGUUUGGUGUCACCAAACCAGACGUACCACACCUGUUUAUAUCUGCCUUGUUGUGAGUGGAAUCCGCCAACACCCUGUUAAUGAGACUCAUGGUAUGACUGACAGCCCAAAAACCAGAUGCGCUCUCCAUCAAAGCAUGAAAGUCAAAGAACGAGUUGUCUAGUAAACCACCCCUGAAAUCCUGGAUCAUGAAGGAGGAAGAAAAGAGUUUGGGAAAGUCCUGCAUUCAAAAACCAAUGGCAGUUUUAAUAUUGUUUUCCAUCUUCAAUGCACUUCUCCUGUUUCAACUCUGGAAAACCUCAAAGGAUCAAAAGUAUUCACGUCCACCACCAAAGUCCAACCAGCAGAGCAAUACUGGAUUUGUAUCCCAAGGACAAUAUAACUAUAAAUCGACAGUAGAAGGUGACAUUUGUAAAUUCCAACCCUCCUCCCCACAAGAACUUAUUGAAGAACAGAACAUAUUCAGCUCAAUAGCUUGGCCCCAAACACCACCCCUGCUGGGUAACAAGUCCACCAACGCCCGUGGCAGUAGCUUUACUCUUCACAGAGGCACUGGAGGGCAACAGUGGCAUGUUGGCGAUGAACUGAGAGUAACUAUUACCAUGAAGGACUUCCUGGGCAAACCAAAGAAGACUGGAGGAGAUGUCCUAGUUGCCCGAGUCCACAACUCAGUUCUUCAGGCUGGUGUUGCAGGGCAAAUUAUCGACCAUGAAGACGGCUCCUACACAGCCACAUUUCCUUUACUCUGGACUGGAAAAGCAACCAUCGAGGUGACUCUUCUUCAUCCCAGUGAGGCCGUCACAGUAAUAAGAAGACUGAACAAAGACAAUCCAGACAGAGUUUACUUUAAAAGUGUUUUCCGCCUAAAUUCCAUCUCUGAAACCAUGAACUGUAAUUUCUGCCUGCGACCCACCAACCUGCCAGUGUGUGACUUCACCGACCUGCGCACAGGGGAACCAUGGUUCUGCUUCAAGCCAAAACAGCUGGGCUGUGAAAGCAGAAUCAGCCAUUCCAUGGCAGGAUAUCGUGAGAAAAUAUACCAUGACCCUGGUGAAGAAAAGAGUUUUCAAAUUGGUGUCCACAUGAAAGUGAAACUGAGAUCUGAAGGACCAGCGUUUGUGAACGUACUGCCACGGAGGACUGGUUCAGAGAGGAACAGAACCGUAGAGAACUUGGGACAUUCUGGAUAUUACUACCGUGGAGAGUGGCAGGCCCUGGAUGGGACCAGAGUUCAGCAUUUUCAAAAGCCUGCUGCCAUGAGUAAAUGUCUCCAAGGAAAGAAGAUCUACAUGUUUGGAGACUCCACUGUCAGACAGUGGUAUGAAUACCUUGUUGAAAAACUGCCAGGUCUGGUGAAUUUUGAUUUCCACAAUGGCCCAAAGACCGGACCGUACAUGGCGACCGACAUUGCAAACAACAUCUUCAUGCUCUACCAGGUCCAUGGUCUGCCCAUACGUAUACGACCCAUCUCAGUCAGCAAGGUUCGAUACGUUGCCAAUGAGCUGAACUCCAUCGAGGGAGGAGCAAACACCGUUGUAAUUUUGGGUAUCUGGGCUCACUUCGCUUCAUUUCCUGAUGAGGUUUACCUCAGGAGACUGCAGCGCAUCCGCAACGCUGUUGUGCAAUUGUUGAACAGGUCUCCAGGCACACUGGUUAUUAUUCGCACUGGAAACAUCAAAGACCUGUCUGCUUCUAGAGCAGUUUUCAACAGUGACUGGUCCACCAUGCAGCAGAAUAAGAUACUUCGAGCUGUGUUCCACGGAGUGAAUGUUCGCUGGGUGGAUGCCUGGGAGAUGACAUUGGCACAUGAUGCCAGGUUUCUGCUUCACCCCCUGCCCCCUAUUAUCAAGAACAUGGUGGAUGUGGUCCUGUCCUACAUCUGUCCUCUGAAGGAGGGAAAGGAGCUUGGUGGCAAGAGCGCUGUGGCCGUCUCCUGAACACAACUACUUAGAAAUGGAAUCCAAAGGAUUUCCAGAUAUUGGCCACAUUUGAGCAACGUAUUGAUCAAUAUUGGCUUCCAUUGCAUUGAAGUGACUAACAGUUACAUAACAAGCAUUUGUCACAUGUGACUAAGAGCUGGGAUGAUGGACAGAGAGUGAGAAGGAUGUUGGUGGGAGGAGUAUAUUCUAUAUCAUUUUACAUUUUCAGUGGUUUGACAACAUGGUGACCUCAGUACCAAGCAGGAGAAUCAAAUCACACGACGAUGUCUUCGGCUGCAUCAUUCUGGUUCCUGUGAGACUGAGCUGAAUUAAGUCUUUGAUGGUUUAUUUUACGUCUUGACGCUCAUUUCAAAAUGAUCUUUCCAUGCUUCUAGGUUCAUUUGGAUCGUAUAAUUUGGUUUUGGUUUUAUCUAAUU